AUGUCUGACCCUAUUUGGCAACAUAGAGAGAUCAGGUUUGAUGCUCCCUUCUCCCAGCUCACUCUUAGAAAAGGUGAGGUCCUAAUUGACUCUAUUGCUAAUGUUGAAGAUACUAAAGGAAAUAAUGGAGAUAAGGGUAAUCUUUUGAUCACAAAUCUGAGAAUCAUUUGGUUCUGUGAUGAUAACAAGAAGAUCAACCUCUCUGUUGGCUAUGACUGCAUCCUCAAUUCUGAAAUAAAGGAUAAUAACUCAUUGAUGAAAGGGUCAUCCCAGGCUCUUUACUUAAGGACAAGAUUCCAACAGAGUAGGUUUGAGUUUAUAUUCUCCUCUUUGGUAAGAGAUUCUCCAAGAUUAUUUUCCUCCUUCCAAGCAGUCAUCAGAUCCUAUGAGACCACCAAGUUGUACAGAGAUCUGAAGCUAAGAGGAGCUAUUGUGCAAGAUAGUGAGCUUAUCUUGCUUCCAAAGGAGAAGGUAUUUAACAAGUACACAGGUGUUUGGAACUUAUCUCAGGAGCAAGGAAAUCUCGGAUCAUUUUAUAUCUCGAAUGUCAGAAUUGUAUGGUUUGCUAACCUUGCUGAAGGCUUUAAUGUCUCCUUACCUUGGACUCAGAUUAAGAAUAUUAAGGUGAAGGAAUCUAAAUUUGGAACUGCUCUUGUUCUUGAGACUUCUGAAUUUUCAGGAAAUUACGUUCUUGGAUUCAAACUUGAUAAUAUUGAAGAAGUCCAUAAAGAAAUUGUAGCACUUUACCAAGUUUACAUUGCUAAUCCAGUCUUUGGAGUGGAGGCUGCUCUGAAAGAGGAGUAUGAAGACAUUGAGAAAGUAACAAUUCCCAAAGUGGAAGAUGAGUUUGAAGAGGUUGAUCAAUCAGAUGCAGGUCCCAAUAUGGUAUCAGCACAAUACUAUCUGACCUCAGGAGCAGAUUCAUAUUCUAAGAAGAAGAAAUCAAAGAUAAUAUUCUCUGAAGAAAUUGGACUAGCAGUUGAGCAACCCCCUGAAGGAUUAACUCUUGAAAAAUUAUGGAAAAUUAUGUAA